CUGCUAAGCAGAUGUCUGGUUGAUGUCUGGGCUGGAGGAAUGAGAAUGCAAGAUAUGGAUAAUGUUUCACAGUUGCCCCCGUUUCUUAAAGAACUAAUCAUAGAAGGCAUUGCCCAAAACACAAAUGGCAGUGUUGUUUUUGAAACGGGAGUCACUGAACCAGAGCUUUAUGGAUCACCAACAGAACAAGCUAUUCUUAGCUUUGGGAAUAAGAUUGGUGCACACGCCCACGCUCAUUGGAAAGGAUCUGCAAAAACUAUUCUGAGUUCAUGUGAAAGGUAUAUGGAUGGGGCCAAUAACCCCAGAGGCAUUGAUGAUGAGAAACGAAAGUUUUUUGAAGGAACAAUUGAAGAGAUGUGCAACAACGGAUUGCGUUGUGCAGCACUUGCUUAUCAACCUUGUGAACUGGAAAGUCUUCCAACAACCAUUAAGGAACCUCGAAACCUUGUUUUGUUGGCUAUUAUUGGUAUAAAGGAUCCUUGCCGGCCAGGCACAAGGGAUGCGAUCCAACUGUGCAAUUCCGGAAGUGUUAAGGUUUGCAUGGUGAUGGACUAUGACGUUUUGACUGCACAAGCAAUAGCAAUUGAAUGCGGGAUACUGACAGAUGCAUCUGGCCGUAAUAUAAGGACAGGAGCCCAAUUUCGUGAACUAACCGAUCCACAAAGAGAGCAGAUCGCCGGAGACAUCUUAGUGUUUGCUCAAUCUUCUCCCGACGACAACCUUCUGCUUGUCCAAGCACUGAAGAAAAGAGGGCAUAUAGUUGCAGCCACUGGGAUGGGAAUACAUGAUCCAAAGACACUACGCGAGGCUCAUGUUAGCCUUGCAAUGGGAGUUGGAGGGACCGCAGCAGCAAAAGAGAAUUCCGAUAUCAUUAUACUAGAUGAUAAUUUUGCUACGAUUGUCAAGUGUAUCAUAUGGUCUCGAUCUCUAUACACCAAUGUCCAGAGAUCUAUCCUAUUCCGGCUCACUGUCAGUGUAUCAGCAUUGGCUAUCUGUGUGGUUGAGGUUGUAGUUUAUGACGCAUUUCCACUUAACGUCGUGCAGUUUCUGUGGCUUAAUCUUGUUAUCGACAUCUUAGGAGCAUUAGCGUUGGCAUACAGACCAAGUUCUGGUCACCACUUAAUGGGAAAGCCACCGGUUGGUAUAAGAGAUCCUCUUAUAACCAAGGCGAUGUGGUCCAAGUUGAUAAUACAGGUAAUUUACCUAGUGCUGUCGCUGGUACUCAUAAAUUCUGAGAAGCUACUGAAGCUGAAGCAUGGUCAUACCGGCAAUGCGGAAAAAGUGAUGAACACAUUUGUAUUCAAUUCCUUCGUCUUCUGCCUGGUUUUUAAUGAGUUUGAAAUCCGAAGUGUAGACCAAACCUUCAAACAAAUCCUUAGAGAGAAUAUGUUUCUCGUUACAAUAACCUCAACUAUCAUCUCUCAGAUAAUCGUAAUAGAGUUGGCAGGCUUUUUAAGUUCUUCCACCAGGCUUGACUUGAAAAAAUGGGUGACGACAAGUCUUUUGGGAUUGCUCAGCCAAGUCGCCAAUCGCUACCCUUACCCGGUCAACCAAUAUUACCGUAACUGAAAUGUAUCUUGCCAUAUAGGCGCAAUUACUGUAAGAACCUUUCACUCCCUAAUCUCCUGAUCAAUUCACACAUGAAUAUCUUAUUUAUUUAACAAGUAACUUCUCUGAACAUACAAUCCUCAUUUCAGGUCACUUUCUGAAGCAUUGCUCUAGCGUUGGAUGCUUAGCAGGCUGUUGUUCUCCGCGUGCAUGUGCGUGGGAGCUUAAAUAAUGGUUAUUAUUGUGC